GAUUCCUAAGAACUCACAUGAACUGAGCAAAUGAGAGAGAAGCAUGGCACUAUUGAUUAUACUGAUUACCUGUUUUGUGAUUCCUCUUGCUACUUCCCAGACUUGCCAGACCCCUGACGACUUCGUGGCUGCCACUUCUCCAGGGCAUGUCAUAAUUGGAGGUUUAUUUGCCAUUCAUGAAAAAAUGCUGUCCUCAGAAGACUAUCCCAGACAACCAGAAAUCCAGAAGUGUGUUGGGUUUGAAAUAUCAAUUUUUCUUCAAACUCUUGCCAUGAUUCACAGCAUUGAGAUGAUCAAUAAUUCAACACUAUUAUCUGGAAUCAAACUGGGGUAUGAAAUCUAUGACACUUGUACAGAAGUCACAGUGGCAAUGGCAGCUGCUCUGAGGUUUCUUUCUAAGUUCAACAGCUCCAGAGAAAUCAUGGAGUUUAAAUGUGACUAUUCCAGCUACAUGCCAAGGGUUAAGGCUGUCAUAGGUGCUGGCUACUCAGAAAUAACCAUGGCUGUCUCCAGGAUGUUGAAUUUACAGCUUAUGCCACAGGUGAGUUAUGAAUCAACUGCAGAAAUCCUAAGUGACAAAAUUCGCUUUCCUUCAUUUUUACGGACUGUGCCCAGUGACUUCUAUCAAACUAAAGCAAUGGCCCACCUGAUUGAGAAGUCUGGAUGGAACUGGAUUGGCAUCAUAGCCACAGAUGAUGACUAUGGACGAAUGGCCCUCAACACUUUUGCAGUUCAGACCACAGCAAAUAAUGUGUGCAUAGCUUUCAAAGAAGUUCUCCCAGCCUUCCUCUCAGAUAAUACCAUCGAAGUCAGGAUCAAUGAGACACUUGAGAAAAUCAUAGCAGAAGCCCAGGUUAAUGUCAUUGUGGUAUUCCUGAGGCAAUUCCAUGUUUUCAAUCUCUUCAGUAAAGCUCUAGAAAGGAAUAUAAAUAAGACAUGGAUUGCCAGUGAUAACUGGUCAACGGCCACCAAGAUUACAACCAUUCCUAAUGUUAAAAGGAUUGGCAAAGUUGUAGGGUUUACCUUUAGAAGAGGGAAUAUGUCUUCCUUCCAUUCCUUUCUUCAAAAUCUGCAUAUAUUUUCCAGUGAUAAUAACAAAGUCUUAAAUGAAUAUGCCACACUCUUGUCUGCUUGUGCGUAUGUCAAGGACAGUGAUUUGAGUCAGUGCAUUUCCAACCAUUCUCAGGGGACUUUGGCCUACAAGGUUAACAAGGAUAUAGAAAGGAACUUCUCCCUGAGAAAUGAUUUCCUGUGGGAUUAUACUGAGCCAGGCCUUGUUCACAGUAUCCAGCUUGCAGUACUCGCUCUUGGUUAUGCCAUUCGGGAUCUCUGCCAAGCUCGCGACUGUCAGAACCCCAACGCCUUUCAACCAUGGGAGUUACUUGAUGCACUAAAAAAUGUGACAUUCACUGAUGAAGGGAAUUCAUUUCAUUUUGAUGCUCAUGGGGAUAUGAAUACUGGAUAUGAUGUUGUGCUCUGGAAGGAGAUUGAUGGUCACCUGACUAUCACCAAGAUAGCACAAUAUGAUCUGAAGAAUGAUGUCUUCGUCAUCACAGACCAAGAAACAAAAAAUGAGUUCAGAAAUCUUAAGCAAAUUCAGUCUAAAUGCUCCAAGGAGUGCAGUCCUGGGCAAAUGAAGAAAACUACAAGAAGUCAACAUAUCUGCUGCUAUGAAUGUGUGAACUGUCCUGAAAAUCACUACAGUAACCAGACAGAUAUGGAUCACUGCCUUUUAUGUAACAACGAAACUCAGUGGGCCCCUGUAAGGAGCACAGCAUGCUUUGAAAAGGAAGUGGAGUAUCUCAGUUGGAAUGACUCCUUGGCCAUACUGCUCCUGGCCCUCUCCCUACUAGGAAUCAUGUUUGUUCUGGCCAUUGGCAUAAUAUUUACAAGAAACCUGAACACACCUGUUGUGAAAUCGUCCGGGGGAUUGCUGGUCUGCUAUGUGAUCCUUCUCUGUCAUUUCCUCAACUUUGCCAGCACGGGCUUUUUCAUUGGAGAACCACAAGACUUCACGUGUAAAACCAGGCAGACAUUUUUUGGUGUGAGCUUCACUCUCUGCAUCUCCUGCAUUUUGGUGAAGUCCCUGAAAAUUCUGCUAGCCUUCAGCUUCGACCCCAAGUUGCAGAACUUCCUGAAGUGCCUCUAUAAACCCAUCCCCAUCAUCUUCACUUGCACAGGUAUCCAGGUUGCCAUUUGCACAAUCUGGCUAAUCUUUGCAGCACCUGCUGUGGAAGAGAAUGUCUCCUUGCCCAGAGUCAUUAUCCUGGAAUGUGAGGAGGGAUCCAUCCUUGCAUUUGGCAUCAUGCUGGGCUAUAUUGCCAUCCUGGCCUUCAUUUGCUUCAUAUUUGCCUUCAAAGGCAGGAAACUACCCGAGAAUUACAAUGAAGCCAAAUUCAUAACAUUUGGCAUGCUCAUUUAUUUCAUAGCUUGGAUCACAUUCGUCCCCGUCUAUGCUACCACAUUUGGUAAAUAUUUACCAGCUGUGGAGAUUAUCGUUAUUUUAAUAUCGAACUAUGGGAUCCUGUGUUGCACAUUCUUCCCCAAAUGCUAUGUUAUUCUUUAUAAGCAGGAGACUAACACAAAAUCUGCCUUUCUCAAGAUGAUUUACAGUUACUCUUCCCACAGCGCAAGCAGCCUUGCCAUGAGUCACGUUUCCCUGGACUCCUCUAGCAGCAACAUCACAGCGACCAAUCCCAGCUCCGGUGGCAGGCCUGCAGCCUGGCAGGAAAGCAGGGAUAUCCGGGCACAGGCAUCUGCACACACACGCAGAGAAAACGCUGCAAGUAUGUCUAAAACUUGGCCUCGGAAAAGAAUUUCAAGUAUUUGAAGGAGUCCUUAAGAAAUGGCAUGUUCUGGAAUAAAAUGUCUCCAGGGUCUCUGUGUUUAAAAUGUGCAUUUGUUUCCCAACAAAUAUAUUCUAUGUGUUUCUUCACUGCCACCGUGUUCACCAAUUUUUGGUUGAACACUCCCUCUGUCCAACCACUUCUUUAACAAAGAAAAUAGUACCCUCAGCCUGGAAAUGCCUUCAUUCCUUAUCACCUCCAUCUGUCUCCAUCUUUAUCUCCUUCUUCUUAGACACAUAGUUAAAGGUCUCUUUCCUAUUUGAAAUUAGCCCAUCAUAUAUCAUGCUCAUUGUGUCCUCUAUCUCCUUUUCUCAGACCUUUUCAUAUGGGUCCUCCUUCUGCCCUAAGCAUCUUUAGCUUCCCACCUCCAGGGCUCAGUUCAGUUGAACAAGCAUUUGAGCAGUUACCAUGAGCCAGGUGACAUGCUAAAUACAAAAGCACAAGGAGGAUCAAAGCAUCAUUUCUGACCUCAAGGAGUUCAAAAUCCAGGAAGACAGUCACAUACAGAUAUCAUCAUUUGAGUGUGGGGAUUUCUAUGAUUGUCUUGUGCAGAUGGCACUGUGACAGGAUAGUGAAGGGAGUACUUAGCCACCCUGGGGGAUGAUGAGAGAGCUUCAAAGAAAGCUAAAUGUGGGAUAUGAUGUUUAGGGGGAGUCUUGAAAGAUGAGUGAGAGCUAAUCAAAGAAAGUCAGAAAGCUGUUCUAGAAAAAGGGGGAAAGCAAGGAGCAGCAGCAGCAAGUGUGUCAAGAAGGUGUGCCAGGGGGAGUACAGUCAUUUGGUAUUACUAGAGAGGAGUCUUCUUUUGGAUGUAGAGAUUACAUCAUGAAUGAAUACCAUAGACUGGAGUUAUUUUUUUAAGUUUAUUUAUUUAUUUUUAAAGAGAGAGAGAGAGAGAGAGAGAGAAGAAGAGGGACAGAGAAAGAGAAGAGAGACAGAAUCUGAAGCAGGCUCCACACUGCCCGUGUGGAGCCCAAUGAGGGGCUUGAUGUCAUGAACCACGAGUUCACGACCUGAACCGAAAUCAAGAGUCAGAUGCUUAACCGACUGAGCCACCCAGGCACCUGUGGAGUUCUUUUAUAAGGAACUUAGGUCUUUAUUUUGUGGUAAGAAAGUCAUAAAAGCAUCUGGCAGAAAGAUGACAGGUUCAAAGUCCCAUUUUAGGAAGAUCACUUUAAUAUAGGGUAGAGGAUGGAGUCUAAUUGGGAUAGGAUUAUGAUCUACACCAGGGAAUAAAGAAUAUGAAUAUGUAUUCUGCUAUAUAAGAAGUGGUAAUUUACCUGAAAUAGUUGGUGAGAGAUGAAGUAUAAGCUUCUAGUUUGGUUUAUUGAAGGAAAUGUGCAGUGCAGGAAAAAGACUGGUUUAGAGUAAUUUCAAGAUAUAUCAAGCAUUCAUAUGGAUCUAAGACUCUGAGCUCAGGGGAUAGGUCAGGGCGGGUGAUGAGGAUUUGAAUGCCAUGUUCACAAUGCUGCCCAUCCUUGUAAAACAGAUAAACAUACAAAAUAGCAUUGUCUCCAAUCUUGACAUUCUCUUUAACUACAGCCCUAUUUCUCCAUCCUCUUCACAACUGAAUGUUAAGGAAUAGUGUCCUUACUGACUUUUGACCCACUGAACCUACUGAUAUCUGGCUUCUAGUUUCACCACUCUGCCAAAAUAGUUCAGAGAAAGUUGCCUGUGAAUUUUUAUCUGUCAGAUUCAAUGGUCAUUUUUAAGCUUUCACCUCCCUUGAAUCUGAUAGGCAUUUGUGGUAUAAUUCCUCCUCCUUGAAAUUCUCCUUCUUCAUACCCUACAUGAUUUUCUAAAGCUUUCAAUUAUUCAACACUCUUCAAUCUGAUGCAAAGGCUCUUUGGGUUCUAUUCUGGCAUCAUGACCAUGUGUCUUCCUCCAUGUGGCUCUUGAAUGUGGGUAUUCACCAGAGUUCCACCCUCAGUCUAAAUCAUACUCCCUCACUACAAUAUCAUCCAUCUUCGUAUAUUAACUUUGCCCUAGAUAACUCCCCAAACCACAUCUCUGGUCCAGGUCACUCUAACCAGCCCACCUACUGUCCCUUGUAUUUUGACUUAUCAAGGACAAUCCAUCAUUUCCUUCUCCUGGCUCCUCCUCCUUUUUUCCAUUUCUCAGCAUGUCGUACCACAUGUGGACUCACUGGAACCCUGAGGUUCAUCCUAUUCAUCUUCGACUCUACCAUCUGCUUCACCCUUCUACACCUUUAAUUCAUUACCUGUUAUCUUCUAACUCCUGAAUUUUUUCAGAACUUUGCCAAGAUCUCUAUUCCUGUUAUUAUUUUCUUAAUCUAGGCCCCUUACCAUCUCUUUCAUAGAUGGUUACAAUAGCCUCCUAAUUUGACCCUGGUCUCUCAUUUUAUUUCAAACGUAGAGAAGGUCUCCCUAAGCCCUCCGCUCACUUCCACUUGAUGUAUUUCUAGAAUAAAAACCUCUUUAUGUUACUUGGUUGUCUUAAAACCUGCAGUAAGUCAAAACUCCUUAUCCUGACGCCCAGGCUCUCCAAGUCCAGUAUCAACUGCUGUCCCUUCCUACCUUGUAUGUUACCCUUGAGAAAUGGCCACCUUCUGGUGAUUGUACACACACCAUGCUGCUCCAUGCCUCAGAAUCUGCCUCUCCUCUUGGCCUUGGUGUCCUUUCUGCCCUGUCCUCCUGGAACACUCUAGCUAAUCCACCAGACACAAUUCUAGCAUCUCUCCUCCUACCAGGCCUUAUUUUCUGCCUCCGUCACUGCACCUGUUACAUUCUAUUGCAUUUACUUGUUUUUAUUUUAAUUUACACAACUAACAUUUACCAAGGGCCUACCAUGUAACAGGCAUGAUUCUAUGCAUGGGGAAUAUACAAUGAUAAAAUCCAGACAUGUUGUCUCCUCUCGAGGAGUUUAUAUUCUGGUGUUUUCGCCAUUUUACAGUGAGCAAUCAGUUCUUUCGGAGCAAUGCUCUCAGCUGUCCUUUCCUCUCUACUACCAUGGCUAUCAUCAUCACAGUUUAGGCCCUCAUGACUCCACACCUCUGUUGCUGAAACAGUCCAAACUAGUUUCUACCCCAAGAUUCCUCUUCUAAUAUAUAGAAUACAUCAUCACAGAUCAAUCUUUUUCAAGUUAGUUCCAAAGUUAUUCUCCUAUUCAGAAAAAUUUAAUAAUCUCCUAUCAUUUUCAGAGUUAAGUUAAAUUCCCCUACCUUCCUAAGAAGGAUCUUCCACAGUCUUACCCCAACAUGGAUUGAAUGUUAAACACACACACACACACACACACACACACACACGACAUUAAUCCUAGUUUACUGCUUAUCCUAAAUGUAUUCAUAUAUAACAUUGUGAAAACGACUCAUAAAAUUGUUAAGGGUAAAAAAUAUCCUGAUGUACAUGAAAGUGUUAAGAAAAGAGUAUUCUGUUUGUGAUUUCACUGACUCAUUGCUCUGUUGAUAUGAAAACAGUUUUGACAUGACAGCAAAGCUAUAGGAGAGCUUCCAGAUUCUUGAGUGUGAUCACACAAAACAGAAAUCUCAGCACUGUUGUGCCAAUACAACAAUGAAAGGAAUAUUGUUUCAUAAGAGUUGUGACUUUUAUUACAGUUACAUAACUUUCAACAAUUAUCCCAGAAUUUUUAAAAAAUGCUAUUUAACAUAAGAAAUUAAGUUCUGAACUUCUUGAUGCCCAAACUAUAUCUUUGUCAUCAUGUAAAACAAACAACUAAGAAAAUGACUAUUGUACUUUUCAUUUCUCUGUUAACUUUUGAGGCUCAUAGAUUCAACUGGUAUAAGUUAAGUUUGCUUACUUCUUUUGGAAUCAAGUGUUUCUUUUUUAUUAUAAAGGUGAUAUCUAAAUAUUAUUUAAAAAUAAGAAAAUAAAAUUAAGCAAAAAGAACACUCACAAAAAAGAACUUAUAACUCUAUGACCAACCAACAACUCACCAUGAUGUAAGUAGUCAACAUUUUACAGGUUGUUUUAUUUUUAAUUUUUGUGUGUGAUUUGUAGCUAAAUACUCUGUAUUUUUUAUUUUAGAAGUAUAGUUUAAUUCUAAAUAAAUCAUGCAUACAUACAUGGAAUAUAUGUGUAUAUUAAAAAAGAGAGUGAUUAAAUAUAUACAUACACUUGUGAUUUU